AUGCGUUGGUCGUCCAUUCUCACAACAGCGGCCUUCGCCGGGUCUACCACGGCCCAAACCACCACCUACCGUGAUAGUCAAGGCCGUACCUUCUCUGGCUACACUGAUCGCGCUGGCGUGCGUUAUGGUAUUGCCAUCCCAACUAGCGCCGCUCCAGGACAGUCAUUCGACGCCAUUCUACAAAUCACUGCCCCCAUCAGUAUUGGCUGGGCUGGCUUGGCUUGGGGAGGUGGCAUGACCUACAAUCCCUUGAGCAUCGUAUGGCCCAACGGGAACGAUGUCAUGAUCUCAGCUCGCAUGGCCUUUGGCUAUUCCGUCCCUCCGCCGUACCCAGCUACCACCCAUACUCUGCUCUCAGGAUCUGGGGCCAACGCUACUCAUUUCACAGUCACGGCCCUCUGCCGCGGCUGCACCUACUGGUCUGUCCAGGGCUCCGAUCCCGAGAGUUUGAACCCCAACGGCGAGAACUAUCUUGCCAAUGCCUAUUCCACUGUGCCUGUCGACUACCCUGAGGAGGAACAAACGACGUUUGGGAUUCAUCAGGGCACCAAUCACUGGUACCACGACUUUGCGCUGGCGAAGCAGGCCGGCUUUGAGCAAUGGGCUGGCAGCGGUGGAGGGGGAGCCAGCACGACAACCUUGACAACUCGCUUAACCACGACCACAACCACGACUACAGAUGUGCAGACAACACUAACAACAACCGUUACCCGUACUGGCUCGCCUCCGACCAGCGUAACAACCACCUCGAACGUCGCAGGGCCGACGCAGACCGGAGUCGUACCUCUUCCUGCCCCGAGCUCAUGUCCUGGUGUCAGUGCCUGGCGGUCGAGCUUUGGGGUGGCCAGUGGAUGGAGAGCCGUCAAGAUUGCUGGCGGUCUUCGCACACCCCGCGGCAUCGUGCUUGACUCCAACGGCAAUCUGCUUGUUGUCCAGUCCGGUCUCGGUGUCACAGUCCACACCUUUGGUUCUGAUGGGUGCCUUUCCGGUAGUAAAACUCUCAUCUCGAACCCAGCCCUCAAUCACGGUAUCUCCCUCACAGCCGACGGCACGAAGCUCUACGUCUCUUCAAUGACAACUGCCUUCGAGUACAGCUACAAUGCCGCCAGCCAAACUACACCUCACCUACUGGUCAUUUCACUGGGGUCAUUCGACAAUCUCGAUCAUCCAACAAUCAACCCCGCAACGGGUCGAGCCAUCGUCAAAGUAUUCGACCUGCGUAACGUGCCUUCAGGCGGCUACACCUUCAACACGCAGGGGUACCUGCUGGGUUAUGGUCUGCGCAAUGGUGUGGCACUCGCCGCUGAUGGCGGCAACCAGGUUUGGGAGGUAGAGAAUGGCGCCGACCAGUUUCAACGCACUGUCGGUGGCUCGUCAUACGACAUCCAUGCCGACAACCCUUCUGAGGAGCUCAACUACCUUGGUGAUCCCGCCGUGGAGAACCGCAACUGGUACGGCUACCCGACGUGCCACAGCGUCUACGGAGCCAGCCAGUUCACUGACAAGGCAUUCCGCACGGGGGACCAGUUUGUUCUCACUCCCAACGCGACCUUCAAUGACGAGGACUGUGCCCGUCGCGGUUCCGUUCCGCCGCGCCUCAGUUUUCAGGCCCAUUCUGCGCCAAUGGAUGCUGCAUUCGACCGUGCCACAGAGAACAUGUUCAUCACCUUUCACGGCUCCUGGAACCGGCCCGUUGCAACGGGCUACAAGGUUGUGCAGGUCGCGUUUCGGCGUGGGGCUAAUGGCCAGUACGAACCUGUGGAGCCAGCCACGAGCAUGACGGCGGCAAAAGAUAUCUUCUGGAGUCAAAAUGAGGGGAGUUGCACCAGUAGCACAUGCUUCCGACCUUGCGGCAUCACCUUUGACCGGGCUUACUCGAGGUUGAUCGUGGGCAGCGACCGGCCGUCGGAGGGAGAGCUUUUCAUGUUGAUCAAAACGUAA